UGGCGCUGUCGUCUCAUCGCGGCACCCGGACCAUCAUCCCAGCCCAGGCCCUGCGCUGCAGAGUGCAGAUCCAAGCCAGCCAACCCAGCGCUGGCCAAUCAGAGACGGGCAACAGUCCAGAGAACUCCAAACAGCCCAUCUUCGACUCCCGCACCUCCCCCCAAAAAGAUUCCCUCGCUAGCCCGCUUUGUCCUAAGGUGCUACCCAUCGACCCUGCGCACCACACAAACUGUCCGGCCCCAAACUCCACCAACUCAGUGGAGAGUAUCACCACUAGCAUGGAAGACCACGGAGUGUCCUCAAAGCCAGCUGUUUCUUCCCCAUCCCAAUCCACCACUCCCGACAUCAAGGCCCCUUCAUCACGACCCUUGUACAGCAGCAAGCUUGGCGACCAGAAAGGGCAAUCAGAGGGCAGCAGCUCCAACCCGGCCACCAGACAGCCGCCUGCUGCUCAGCAAAAGACCUGGAACUCGACCAAGAAUCCCAUCCCAGGCCAAUUGCAAACUCCUCAAGGUGGAUUCAAUUCACAGGACAGACAGUCUGUGACAAGCGCUCUUCGUGAGGGCCAGAAGGCGCGCAUCACACUAGCGGGCGGUACCGAGUUCGAGGGCAUUUAUGCCAGCCACCCUACUGAUCCUUCCAGCUGCUACCUGAAAAUGGUCCAGCCGAAAAAGGGCUCUACUACUGGGGAUAUCGCCAACGGCACAGGCAGAGGAGGGUCAACCAUGUCGUUCCCACGGAAGGAUAUCAUGGACGCCCGCGCCGUGCCCAACAACCAAGGCAAGAAUGAUAGCAAGGCCAUGAAUGGCAGUCGAUCAUUUCGUACUGAUGCAGCCAUCUCGAACUCGCGGUCCGGAAGCGAACGUGUUCUGAAGCCUUGGGUACCCGACUCGACUGACGAGGCAGAUGGAAGCUUGGAGAGAUCUGCCAACCAGGGCGUAUGGGAUCAGUUUGCCGAGAAUGAGCGCCUCUUUGGCAUCAGGACCAACUACGAUGAGAAUAUCUACACUACCACGAUCGAUAAGAACCAUCCGCAAUAUCACCAGCGAAUUGCUGCUGCAGAGAGGAAGGCAAGAGAGAUCGAACGCAGCGCGCCUACCACUGCCCAUGUGGCCGAGGAGCGUGUCAUGGACUUUGUUGGCGGGGGUGAUCAUAAGGAUGAGGAGGAGAAAUACAGUGGAGUUCGUCGACAGGAUUUCCCCCCCUUGACAAACCGAGAAAACAAAUACACCCCUCCUGCGCGGCGGGCCCUGACCGGCCAGGCCACUGCCAAGGGUGCCCCUGUCGAUCCUGCUAUCAUCUCGUCGCAGCUCAAGAAGCAGCCUACCCCGAAGCCCGAGGAAUCCAAAGCUGCUCCAGCCCCCGCCAAGGCUCCAACCGUGGAGGUCAAGCCUGCAGAGGCUAAGCCCGAAGCCAAGUCUGAAGGAAAACAAGCUGGGCCGAAAGCUGGCGAAAGCAAGGCUACUGGAGGCCAGCUGCCAGCGGAUGGAAAGAGCAACAGCGACAAGACUGCCACCCCUCUCCGGCCGGCGGCUGGUGCCGGCCGUUCCACCACUACCCAGGGAAAGGAUGGCCCUACGGGCACGGCGCCGAGCGCUACAUCAACUGUCGAGCGCGACGUACUGAACUCCUUCAAGACGUUUGCCAGCCAGCAGAGGCAGAAUGCUGAAAAGGUCCGGAGCAACAAGGCCAAGGCUGACAAGGAGGUCAAGUUGAUCGAGCUCAAAAAGUUUGCGGAUAGCUUCAAGCUCGCGACUCCGGUUCCCAGCGAUUUGAUCUCAAUCAUCGCCAAGGAUCCAGCAAAGCAGAAGCAGAUCCAGGCCAAGGCUAUACAAAAUGCAGAGGAUGUAGCCAAGCAGAAGGCUGUCGAGUCUGUCGUGUCGAAAGAGAAGGGAGUCGCACCGGCGAAGGACGCCAACGCUAAGCCGCCUGCCGAGCCGGCAGCCACCGCUGCGUCUGUCCCGGGCACUGCCGAUCCCCGCACCACUUCUUCUCGACCAAGUGCCCCUCAACACUCGAGCUCGUCCGGCUUGCCGAAUCGCCACCAGGGAAAUCGUCAAGGGUACAACGGUCAGGCGCAUUAUCAGCAGCAGAACUACAGGAACAACCGUGCUCCUCCCCACCUGGGUGGCGGUCAGACUCAGGGUCCGGGCAACCUGGUGCAGCGCAUCCGCGACCAGCAGCAGAAGAUACACCAACCCCAGCACCCGCACAUGAACCACCACAUGCCAGCCGAGGCCAUGCGUCUACCUCCCACCGGACCGUCGAACAAUGCUGACUCCUCAUACGGCCGUCGCCUCGGUGGGAUGCCUCCGCCUCACAUGACCCAGGGGAAGUUGAACCCCAACAGCCACGAGUUCAGACCUAACGCGUUUGCGCCGGCCUUCAACCCUGCCGGGCCGAGCCAGGGUUCUAGCCCGCGCUCUUCGGUCCAUAACGUGGUCGAGGCCCAAGCGGUGCCUGCCGUCGCCCCUACCCCUACCGGUGGGCAGCUCAUCCGGCGGAAGACCAAGGCAAUUGACGUGGCCAAGUGCUUUAUCCUCUCCAAUAUCAAAUCUAUUCGCCCCCCGCAAGGCCGGAACUGGGAUGAGAACGACGGGCUGAGGCCGUCUUACGACACGCUCCCCACGUGGCGGCAGCUGCAGGAAGAGACGGAGAGGGCCGACUCGACCAUGCACUUGACUUACAAGGAAUACUUUGAGAAGCUUCCGCUGUCGGCAGCGGCCACGGCGACGCCCAAUCCGCCGCACGUGGUGCCUCAGCUGGCACACCAACACCAACUGCCUCUCCACCUCCAGCAUAACACGCACAACCAAGCGCUCCGCCAGUCGCCUCAUAUGCCACCGAUGCAGAUGCACACAACGCAGCAUGGUCACGUCCCCCAUGCUCCCUUCAGCAACCCGGAUGAUCAUAGGAUGAUGCAUUCCGCCUCGGCCCAGUCCUUCGCCUCCCCGCGCAUGGGACACGUUCCGAUGGCUUAUCCGCCGGCGAUGAACUCGCCCGCCCAAGUGCCGUACAACCAGCCGGGGAUGCAGCAGUACAUGAACCCCGGGACCCCUCAGAUGUCGCAGUAUAGGAGCUUCUCGAACAACCCCCAGUUCAUGCCUCAGCAACCCCCGCACAUGGGCGGCCCGAUGAUGAUGCAGCCCCAGUUCAUGGCCGGACCUAACGGCAUGGUCGCCGCUGGACCUCAGGUGCAAAUGUACCCAGUCAGUCACCCGCAGUUUAUGCCCCAUGGUGGCGGGCCUCCGCAGUCGAUGGCCGGGUCCACGGGAUUCCCAAGCCCCGGGAGGCCCGCUGCGCCAAUGAUGGCCCACCAAGGGUCGCACCAGGGCCAACCCAUGUACGGCAUGAGCCCGGGAAUGCAGUAUCAGCAGCCGGUCUUCACCCCACAGCAGCCCCAGCAAAAGUUCUCGGGCCAGCGACCGCAGUGAGGCUACUACUACUACUCCUUGUCGGCAGCAGUAUUAGCGUUUCGGGGGCCACGACAGCUAGUUUUGUCGAACCAACCAUGACUCGGCACUUUGUCGUUGGGCGCUGGCUUCGACCACCUCACCUACCUGCUUGGCCAAGUGAACAUUUCAAAAC